ACUUAUUCACCAUUUGAUAAUACAUUUUUUGAUCGUGCUAUCAAAAAGAAACCAAAAGAGCUUCUCUCCCUCUCUCUCCCUCUCUCUCUCUCUCUUUUAACCUCUCGUUUCGCCAUUAUCUCUUACACUGUUACUCUCUCUUUCUUCUUCUUCUGCAUCUCGACAUCAUCAUCCUUCUCCAUGGCUGAUGCAUACGAGCCUUAUCAUGUUCUUCAACAAAGCCGUCGAGACAAGCUUCGUAUUCCUUCUCUUGAUUCCCACUUCCACUUUCACCCUCCUCCUCCUCCUUCCUCCAGCGGCGGUGGCAGCGGAGUGUUUCCCCUCGCCGAUUCCGAUUUCCUAGCAGCCGGUGGCUUUNUUGUUAACUCUGGAUUCUGUAGAUCUGCCGCUGAAGCCAACGCCGCCGCCGUCACCGUUGCGUCCAGAAGCUCUGGUCCUCUGGGACCUUUCACGGGAUACGCAUCGAUACUUAAAGGAUCAAGGUUCUUGAAACCAGCACAGAUGCUUCUUGAUGAGUUUUGUAAUGUGGGUCGUGGGAUUUACACCGACAAAGUCAUCGACGACGAUGAUUCUUCUCUGCUUUUUGAUCCGACGGUUGAGAAUCUCUGCGGCGUUUCUGAUGGCGGCGGAGGAGAUAAUGGAAAGAAAAAAUCAAAACUCAUCUCCAUGCUCGACGAGGUUUACAAGAGGUAUAAGCAAUACUAUGAGCAGCUACAAGCUGUGAUGGGAUCAUUCGAAUGCGUUGCAGGUCUUGGUCACGCUGCUCCGUACGCAACCUUAGCCUUAAAAGCAUUGUCUAAGCAUUUCAAGUGUUUGAAGAAUGCUAUAACGGACCAGCUUCAGUUCAGCUACAAUAACAAGAUACAACAACAAUGUGGUCAUCCGAUGAACUCCGAGAAUAAGACCGAUUCUUUGAGAUUUGGAGGAAGUGAUAGUUCUAGAGGCUUUUGUUCUGCUGGUCAGAGACACGGAUUUCCUGAUCAUCAUGCUCCUGUUUGGAGACCGCACCGUGGCCUACCAGAACGUGCCGUUACUGUUCUAAGGGCUUGGCUCUUCGAUCAUUUCUUGCAUCCUUAUCCAACUGAUACAGACAAACUCAUGCUGGCUAAGCAGACAGGUCUCUCCAGAAAUCAGGUAUCGAAUUGGUUCAUAAACGCACGAGUUAGGGUUUGGAAACCGAUGGUGGAAGAGAUUCACAUGCUGGAGACUCGACAAUCUCAGAGAUCCUCUUCUUCUUCUUGGAGAGACGAACGUAGCAGCAACACCGUCUUCCCUGACAACAGCAACAACAACCCUUCUUCCUCCGCAGCACAUCAAAGAGCUAACAACUCAUCUCCGGCUAGACGGGCUCGAAACGACGACGUUCACGGCACCACCAACAACAACAAUAACAACAGCUACGUAAACACUGGGAGCGGUGGCGGCUUCUCGUACGGGAUUGGGUCUUCGAAUGUCCCGGUGAUGAGUAACAGCACAAACGGAGGAGUGUCGUUGACGCUAGGGCUUCAUCAUCAGAUUGGUUUGCCGGAGCCGUUUCCGAUGACAACUGCUCAGAGGUUCGGGCUUGAUGGUGGUAGUGGGGACGGUGGUGGCGGAGGUGGGUAUGAAGGACAAAAUCGUCAGUUUGGGAGAGAUUUUAUUGGUGGUAGUAAUCAUCAGUUUCUACAUGAUUUUGUAGGAUGAGAUCAACUUGUGUGGGAAAGAAAAAAAUAUGUUUGACGUUUGGGUAUGUAUGAGAUAUGGGGGAAUUGUAAUGCAUAUGAUGUGUAUAUUAGAAUGUUUAUCAAUUUUUUUUUUUUUU